UGGUCCCGCCUGACCAUCUGUCAACCGUAAACCCGAAAUGCGGAAACACUGUUGACGGAAUUAACAGAAAUUCUUAAUACCCGGGGAAAAACGAGACGAACGUAAAAAUCGCGGCCAAAAAACUUUAAUCGCGUAUAAAAUAUCAAUUUAAAAAUAGAAGAAAAGGCAUCAAGUGAAACUAAUUAUGGGAGAUUCGUUGAAGAUAAAUGCAUAUGAAAACGAUUUCAAUUACGCGGUGCAAGUGACUCGCAUUAUCCUGCGGAUGAUCGGCGCGUGGCCAAUUUCCCGUUAUGCUUCCAAUGUGGAAAAAAUCGCGGUCCGCUUACAAAAUGUCAUUUGCUACUUUCUAUUCGCGUUCGUCAUUGUGCCGGGUCUUCUGCUGAUGUUCUUGAAGGAACGCGACUUCAAACGUAGAGUGAGAUUACUUGGACCGAUUCUGAAUUGUUGGAUGGGUUGCAUGAAGUACAGCAUGCUCGUGUACCACGCAAGGGAGAUUCAAUCUUGCUUAAAGCAGGCACGGAAAGAUUGGAUGGAUACGGUCAAUUGGGAUGAUCGGAAAGCGAUGUUGUCCAAGGCGAGGAUAGGCCGAAAGUUCGCGAUCUGUUCUACUGUCUUUAUGUACGUCGGUGGACUGUCUUACCGCACUCUCGUGCCGCUUUCAAAGGGUCGUAUGCUCACGCCGAUGAACACCACGGUGAGAGCACUGGCAUGCCCGAGCUACUUCGUCAAGUUCAAUGAACAGGCUUCGCCAGCAUACGAGAUCGUCUUCACUCUGCAAUUCUUCUCAGGAUUGAUCACCUACUCGGUAACGUGUGGCGCAGCCGGAUUGGCCGCAUUUUUUGUCAUGCACGUUUGCGGACAACUGAGUGUAUUAAUCGGCAAGCUCCAGUACCUUAACGAUAUGCCGAGGCCUGAGGAUCGACCUGUCGCGAGACUGCUGGCUGACAUCAUAGAGCAUCAAAUAAAAGUGAAAAAUUUCCUAAAACAAGUAGAGGAAACUAUGCGAUAUGUAUGGUUAGUGGAAAUAGUGGGCUGUACUAUACUUUUAUGUCUUACAGGGUACUACGUUAUUAUGGAAUGGGAAAGUAGCGAUUCUACAGCCAUGUUAACUAUGUCUGUAAUACUUACAUCUUUCACCUUUUCCAUUUUCACUAAUUGCUACGUCGGUCAAUUGUUGACAGAUCAGAGUAUCAAAGUUGGAUCAAUGACGUCCACGACAAAUUGGCAUCGUCUUCCGCACAAAAGAGCACGAACUUUAAUCCUGAUAAUGGCGGUUUCCAAUAUUCCGGCAAAAAUCUCGGCGGGAAAAAUGAUAGAAAUGUCCCUACCUACAUUUAGCAAUAUCGUUAAAACAUCGAUGGCGUACUUUAAUCUGCUCCGAAAAUUUAUCACAUGAUUUGGAUGAAGUGACUAUCAUAAUAAUACAGCACUCGAAUUAAUUAUCUGUAAUUAACGUUAUCUUUGAAACGAAUGAA